AUGCCUGCAGGAACUUCCGUCAAAAAUUUGAGCCACUUCGCACAGAAUAUUCGCAAAGACACCUUUUCAGCGUAUAACUACGGCUGCAGUUGUCUCCGCGUGCUCGGAAUCAGCAUGUGUCCUAUGCGCUUUUGUGGGAACAAGGCUAAGUACGGUAGCUUUGACCCACCAGCUUUUCCUGUCAGCAAAAUGAAAAACCCUCGCAUUGGAUUCUUCCGCGGCGAAAGGGACAUCUUAACCACUCCAGCUGACAUGGAUCGGCUACGAGCUGCUUUGCCAUCUGCCACAGUUAUCCACGACGAGAAGAUAAGCAACUUCAGCUGCCUCGACUUCAUCUGGGCUACCAAUGCCAACGAAAAGGUCUACCAAUCCCUACUUGAGCAGCUCAAUCGGUACGACGGCCACGGAUACUGA